CCAAACCUUUCCUUCUAUAAAAACAACCCCUCCUCUAUAUUCUCUCCCUCCCGCUCACCAAACUCUUUUGCCUGUUUUUUCACUUCUCAAUACAAACCAGAAACAAAAAACAAUAAGGAAAAACAGAAGAAACCAACACCAUUCUAUGGCUCCUUUGAGAUUACCAUUGGCUCUCUUUCUUUCCUCCCUCUUUCUCCAUGCCGCUCUAGGUGAGAUUGUGUGUGAGGAUUUGCCAGAGGAUGUUUGCGCAUUUUCUAUAGCAUCAUCUGGAAAGAGAUGCUUGUUGGAGACGUAUGCAAAUAGAGAAGGAAAGGUGGAGUACCAGUGCAGAACAUCAGAGGUUGUUGUUGAAAGAAUGGCAGAUUACAUUGAGAGUGAUGAAUGUGUAAAGGCUUGCGGUGUUGAUAGGAACUCUGUUGGUAUUUCUUCUGAUGCUCUUCUUGAACCCCAAUUCACUGCCAAGCUUUGCUCUCCUGCUUGUUACCAGAAAUGCUCCAACAUUGUUGACCUUUACUUCAAUUUGGCUGCUGGUGAAGGUGCAUUUUUGCCUGACCUGUGCGAUGCAUCCCGGACCAACCCGCACCGAUCAAUGAUUCAACUGAUGAGCUCAGGCGUGGCCCCUGGUCCUAUUACCAGCGAGGCAUCAGCAGCCUUGGUUGGAGCUCCUGCUUCCGCUCCUAUGUAAUAAUAAUAAUAAUCAUCGGCCACAUAUUUUAUUAUUAUUAUUAUUAUUCAAUGGCUAAAAUUUUUAUUUUUAGUCAAUUAGUGUAAAGCAGAAUCAGCAAUAAUAUUUUUUAUAAAUACUUGAGAGACAUAUAUAUAUAUAGAGAGAGAGCCAGUUAUUGGUGUUGGGUUGGGUUUGUUGAUCAGAAUUAUUAGUAUUAUUUUUAUUAUUAUUUUGUCUCAUAUACAAUAUAUACCAUUUAAUAUUUAAUAGAAGAAUGUUGCUUA